GCGCCUCAUUCACUAGAAGAUGGCGGACUGCGCUCCACUAUUAGAUGAGGAACUCUCGUCCUUCGUCUUCAAUUACCUGACUGAGAACCCCGACAGCCAGUAUGGGGAGGAGGAGGUGUGUUCAGACCGCCUGGACACCGACUUUGCCGACAUUGACCUCUCACAGCUGGACACCAGCGACUUUGACAGCGUCAACUGCCUUGGCGAGCUGCAGUGGUGCAGCGACCAGGCGGCAGACGCAUCACCGGCCUCCAUCCGAUACAGCACACCUGAUGAGCUUUUUGAGAUCGAAGAGGAGAAUGCGGCGCUGCUGGCCGCUUUGACGGACAGCCUUGAGGGCAUGGUGGACGCAGAGGUGGGAGGCCUCUCCGUCUUCCCGGCCCUAGAAGAUGACGAGCCUGAGCGGGAUGAGGACGACCAGGACCAUCUUCAUCAUCUUUCUGUGGGCUCCAACCACCUCAAACACUCGCAGGACACAGAGGACCCCUCUCUGCUGAAGAUCUUGCUGCUGACUCCACCCAAUGUCCCAGUGGGCAAAGAUGGCGUCCGUGGCCAUCAUUACAGCAACAGAGGAUUGCACUCACGGAUGGUCCGACCUCCAGUUAAGAUGGAGCCUUCACAAGUGCGGAAGCCACGUGCUGUGCGUCCAGCAGGCCGCCUCUGCACCGAGCUCCACCGCCAUCUCACCACAACCCGGCGGGACACCAAGGAAAUCCUAUCUGCUGAUCCGGAGGACGAAGAGGACGAAGAGGAGGAAGAAGACGAUGAAGACAGCGAAUCAGAGGAGGACGAUGAUGAGGAAGAGGAAGAAGAGUCUUCCGGUAGUGACUUAGAGGCAAGGCAAAGCAAGUCCCCCGCCGAGCCGGCCAAGCCUCAGUUCACCUCAGAGAAAGAACUCCGAUCUGUGGUGGAGCUUAUCACCUACAUGCACACAUACUGCAUGCCUGUCCGCAAGCAGCAGGGUCUGGACCGCAAGGAUCCGUCCAGGCCUCGAGCUCGACCCGAUGCCUCCCGCCCAUCCAUAACAAACUCUUAUAGCCGGGUCGUACUGGUGGCACCCCCGGCGAGCGGUGGGCCGACGGGUGCCCAACGAAGGCUUCCCUUCGCAAAGCGUAGGGAGAUGAAAACUGACUCGCUUCUCCAUGAGCUCCUGCAGCAGAGUACCUCUUUUGACGUGAGCAAGCCUUACGGACAGCACAGUCCACCGUACACCCAAGCAGAACCGGGAUUCCCAGCUACAACCCGGGACACCGGCACCGGCACCCCAAAACCAGAUGUUUGUAAAGACUCUUCCUCACAUGCGAGGACAAAUUCCUCCUACGAGGCGCCACAAAAUCUCACGGAGGACAGCGGCUCCUUUUCGGUUCGCCGUUCCAGGCGUCUGGCUUCCUUUCCCAGCCGCUUUGCCAAGAGGCUGCGGCCCAGUCAGGCGAGGAAAGAUGAAAAGAAGGAGGAGCAAGAUGACAGGCAGGCAGGGUGUAAGCGUUCACCAACACAAAUGGGAAGAGGGACCAUCAUGGAGGCAGGACCACAAGGCCAGACGACAGAGAUGACCAAAACCUGCUGCCACAACGAAAAACGAGCCUGCCUGUGUCUGCCUCUCGACUCCAGCAAGUCCACAGGAGAGUUCAGCAGCAAGACUUUCGAGCAGACGCUUGGUGUGGAUCUGUGUGGAACUGCAGGUCUGACGCCUCCGACCACGCCACCUCACAAGCCGGUGGAGGACGACCUUUUCAAGCCAACCGAGGCCAGAAAGGAUGGCGAAAGCAAUGGCGAUGGCGAGGACUCGGUCCAUUCGUCUGUUCACCCGUCUCCCGGCGGUGUCGGUGGCUUCCGAGGCUCCUGGCUGAGCCGCGUGCAUCAGCGUAAGCUUCCGGAGCAGACGGAGCUGUACGCCCAGCUACGGCGCAUGGGUCAGGCCGGAGUCGGCGACACUUGCCCUGGCUUCGGCGACCACGACUACUGUGUGCUGAGCCUUGGAGAAUCCCGCAAGCGCAGCGUUGCCAUGCUGGGCGCCAUGCUGCGGGAGGCGGGAGAACCCCUACUCAGUGACGCCGCGCCAGAAAAUGGCAUCCAGUCCAACGUUGGCGAGUCGAUAUCAACACAAUGCUCGUCUGACUGCCAAUCAGCAGCCGCCACACCCCCCGCCUCAGAGGAGGAGGCGGAGUGCUCUGCAGCGUCCCGCUCGCCCUCACCGACCCUCCACCUCUGUCCUGACUCUCCCGCCAGCAAGGCAGACUCCAGUGAACAUUCUGAGAUGUGCCCAGACGAUGAGCAAAGGGACAAAGCCAAAUCUGAUGAGGAGAACUGUCAGGUGUUCUACAUCCACAACCUGCCCAGCAGCAUGACCCAGAACAUGUUGAGGAAGCGCUUCCAGGUCUUUGGCAAGGCAGAGGACUGUAAAGUCAUCAUCUGUAAUGAAGAGCGUUGCGGUGUCAUAAAGAUCCGCCAGUCUGACAUCCAGCGGCACCGGCGGGAGCGUGAGAAUGUUUUCCAGAGUGCACCCGUAAGCGGGAGGAGACUGACGAGGAAACGCUACAUCGACCUUGAUGAGGGUGGUCCGGGCCCAGUCAAGAGCAAGUACGACGCGCUGGACUUUGACACGCUGCUGAAGGAGGCCCAGAAGUCGCUGCACCACCGCUGACUGUCCAGCCGCGCUGGCCCCACACCGCGCUGCAAUUGUCCCGCCUUAUGAAACCCUGCACCCCGCAGCAGCAGAAAGAAGCGGUAUACACCUCUCCACGCAAAAUGUUUACAUUUUUAAAAAAACGUUGGGAGAAAAGCAAUGACGAGAACAUUUUUGGAGGGGAGGGGAGGCAAAGGCGUCUACUUUGUAUUAGCUACGAGAUCAGCCACAGGACUAUGUCCUGCAAAGAGACCUCCAUAGCAAAUCCUUGUUGUGCGUGUGCGUGUGUCUGUUUGUUUGUCUGUGUGGAAAAAAAAACUAAUCCGGAGGCGGGCGGCGUCCUAUCGGCCAUGAAAGACAAAAAAACAAACUUUGUGUGUGGUUGUCAAAAAAAAGAAAAAAAUGGAUAAAAGAUACCCACUUUGUUGGAUGUUCUACAUGGAAAAAAACUGUGGUGUGUGCAAAGAGUAUAACGUUCAAUGUAAAAAGGUUGACAAAAGUUUACAAAAAUGAACAUUUUAUUUCUUGUUUUGUAAUUGUAGUGCUUCCUUGAUUUGAUCUAUGCACCGUUGGGAGGUUUUUUCUGCUUUACCCGCGUCACCGUCAACGCUAAAUCCCCAAACCCCGUUUUUAGGGGAGGCGCCCCCUACUGGCCUGUGUUUGGUUAGCGACAUAGAUACACCAAAAAUGCUUUGUGGGAAUGUUUCACCUGAAGAGUAGGCAGCUAAUGUUAGCCCUGAUAAGACAUAAUUCGUGUUGUGUUUAAUCAGGUUCUUGAAUGGGUGUUAGCAUUAACAUUAGCUUUAGCCAGGAGACACGAUCAAACAGCACAGCUCUAUCUUGUGGUACAAGGGCAAUUAGCCCACAGCCCACCCCUGUUGUUGCAUACACCCUCUAUAUUAGCUUUAGUCAUCUAGCAUGACCAGAGUGCAACUGUUUUCUAGUGUUCGGUCUAUUUUAGAGCGCUUGAAAGUUUGGUAGUCAGCUAGCCCAACCAAACAGCCCCUUAAUUUUACAUACAUUAUAAGAUAAGAUUUAGCCAUCCAACAUGAUGACAAAGCACCUUUAUUUUUUUAUAGUUAGCUUCAUCGUGCUGUCAAAGACAAUAGCAUUCCUUUUACAUUCAUUGUUAGCUUUAGCCAGCUAACAUGUCCACAGUUCACUUGUUUUACAAACACCCUCAACAUUAGCGUCAGCCAAAUACCACAGCUGAAGCACACCUUCAUUUUCUAAUGUUAGCUUUAGUCUGCAAGCAUGACUGACCACAGCACCCCUCUAUUUUAUAUACAUACUUCGCGUUAACUUCAGCCAGAUAACACAACCACAUUCCCUCUAUUUUCUACUGUUAGCUUUAGCCAGCUAGCACAACUACAUUGCCCCACCAUAUUGCAGCAUUAACUAUAGCCAGACAGUAUGACCACAGUGCAUGUCUUGUUUUACAUACACAGUAAAGUAGGAAUGUUCAAUAUGACUCUUUUUCAGACAGAAACCAGUAUGAGUAUUCGCACUUGCCUAUUCAUUGAUUUUGAUGCCAAGUACCAGUACAUUUGCUGUAUAAAAUUUUAAUGAGGCAAACCACAAUGACAGAUCAAUGUGAACACUUAUUUAUUUACGAUUUUUUUUUGGCCUCAUCAGCGGUUAGGUCAAACCAGUCAAUUAAGCACAGAAUUCAGUAAAUCAAAUUAUAGUCGGAAAUUUUUUCGAACAUUUUACUUAACCAUUCUGGGAAAUCGUAACUCAAAAUAUUGCAAAUUACAGCUAUGUAGCUAGGUACAAAAACCUCGGCAACAGGUGAGUAUCACCCUCUGUAUAAUACACACAGGUAAGUAAACUAGCCACGUUGCCAUUCAGGAAAGUUAUACCUUAUUAAUGCACAUAUUAAUGAUAACCAAUCCGGUUUACUGCCGACAUUGUGGACCAAACACUGAAUAGUGGUUGUACAGGGACUGAACAGCCCAUAUUAGGGUGUCUGAUACCCGGUACUCCCGUGGCAGCCCACAAAAGAUCACUCAGGGGACACGGUCGAAUGCCUUCUCCAAGUCCACAAUGCACAUGAAGACUGGUAGGGCGAAAUCCCGUAUACCCCCAAGGACCGUGCCGAGGGCGUAGAGGUUUUCUGCUGUUCCAUGAUCGGGACGAAAACCACACUGCUUCUCCUGAGUCUCAGAUUCGACUUCCCGACGGACCCUUCUCUCCAGCACCCUGGAAUGGAGUGUACCAGGGAGGCUGAGGAGUGUGAUGCACUUGUUGGAAAACUGUUCACCCUUCUUAUGAAGCAGGGCCACAAUCCUAGUCUGCCAAACCAGAGGCACUGUCCCCAAUGUCCAUGUGAUGUUGCAGAGGCAUGUCAACCAGGACAGCCCCACAACAUCCAGAGCCUUUAUGAAGUCCAGGUGGAUCUCAAACCAGGUGGAUCUCAAACAUCCCCAAGGCCCUAACCCUGAAGGAGCUUUUUGAACCAUCUCGGUGACGUCAACUUUUCAAGUAUUUUCCCCAAAGAUUCAGUGUCUCGAGUCGGGAUCAGCAAGGCAGCAUCCCCACUUCAGACAUUGUUGAUGGUGCACUGUUUCUUCCUUGUGUGACGCCAGAUGGUGGACCGGAAUUUCUUUGAAGCCAUCCAAAAUUCUUUCUUCAUGGCCUUGCUGAACUCCUCCCAUGCCUGAGUUUUUGCCUCAGCAACUGUCAAAGCUGCGUUCUUCCUUGCCAGCCUCUACCCAUCACUGUGUUUUGCAGAUGAUGUGGUUCUGUUGGCUUCAUCAAGUCGCAACUCUAACUAUAGCAGUUAUGAAGCGGCCGGGAUGAGGAUCUGAGAGUGGAAGUACUCGAGUGGAAACGUUUGGAGUGGCUUCUCCACGUUGGGGAUGACAUCCUGCACAAAAUAAAUGAGUUCGAGUAUCUUGGGGUCUUGUUCACAUAUGAGAGAGGAAGAAUGGAAGCAGGAAAUCGACAGACGGAUUGACCCAGCGUCUGCAGUGAUCCAGACUCUGCAUUGGUCUGUUGUGGUGAAGAAGACGCCGAGCCGAAAUGUAAAGCUCUCAAUUUACCAGUCAAUCUGUCUGUCUACCCACACUUAUGUUAACAAGCUGUGGGUCUCUGCCCGAAAGAACAAGAUUGAAGCAGCCAAAAUGAGUUUCUUUCACUGGGUGUCCAGGCUUUCCGUUAGUGAGAGGAUGAGAAGCUCGGUCACUCAGGAAGGCUCAAAGUACAGUCGCUGCUCUUCUGCACUGAGAGAAGCCAGAUAAGGUGGCUUAGGUAUCUAAUCCUCCCGAAUGUCUGCUUGGUCAGUUGUUCCAGGCACGUUCUACCUGGACGAUAUGAUUGUAAAGAACAUUUUCCACUUGAUUUCCCCUAUAAGUAUAUUUAGCUGGUCUCAGAAGCCCUCAUGAGUACCUAAUACAUUGAAAUAAAGCCAAUGUCAGUCUGAUAGGAUACCUGUGGUAUCGUUAUUGACCCACCCCAACUAUUAACACCUUUCUCCUUUUAACGCAACCACACCAUGUUUUUUGUAGAGUAAAUCUUUGCCAUCUAGUGCAGCCUUAGCACACCUGUUUUACCUCCAAUGUUAGUUUUAGCUUUAGUCAGCUAGCCGGCUAAUUAAAACAAUCAGUAAAAGUGGAACAUUCCCACAUUCAAAGCUGCAGAUUGAUCUAGUCCGUUAAUCCAACAUGUUUGUUUACAUUUAAACUGCAGCCUACGUCACUCAAAUCGGGGUGGUGUUGGCGGAUGUAGUCUGGGUUGUGGGUUUGGGGCACAUUGGUUGCCAGUGGUGCUGGCGCCAUUAUGUGGAUUGUCCCAGUCCCCCUCAAAAUGUCCCGACUGACUUGAUUGGUUGGUUUGAUCUGAUGGAAUGUAUUGGUUUUUCUGAAUGUAAACAUCCCCUUUAGUGGCAGUUGGUUGCGCCUAUUGUGGCCAGUAGGAGGCACCGGGAAAAAGGGAAGAGAGGUUUGGAACU